UCAAAAAGUCCCUACAGUUGAGCAAGUUCUCAUAGUACAGAAAGAGCGCGGGGACGUAUCGCUGCUUUUUUUACAGCCGGUUUCGUCUAUUGUGUUUACGUUGUUUACUUCUCGAAAAACUUAUCCAAUCUGUCACGUGCUUUUUACUUUUGACAUUUAAUCGGUUUGUGUAGGGUGUGAAGAAUAAAAUAAUUCGCUAAAUCUGUGAAUUGAUUUGAAGUGCAAGAUGCAUUUUUUACUAGUCAUAGAUUUUUCACUGGGUGAAAUCGAGCAAUGAAUGCAUUUGAGUUUUUGUCUUGUUUAAAUAAACAUGCUCUGUGAUCGUACUGCUCGCGUCGGAGAGGGCAGGUCCCCUCCUUUAGCUGCCAACGCUAUCGAUAUUGCAAAUCCUUCUACAAGAAUCGGUGGUGUACUCGAUACGGACUACAUGGACAAUAUGACCACAAGACACUCUUCCCCACCUACAUCGGAAAAUAAUUCUUCCUCAUCGCCAAUCAUGCAAGAAUCUUCUACGAAACCUAAACUGUCUUUCAGCAUCAGCAGGUUGCUCGGUGAUGAUUCGAAAGUGGACAGUGACAACAACAACAAUCAUCGAAAAGAUGACGGUAGGUCAUCAACGGACAACAACAGCGUGCACGGUUGUGAUAGCAGUUCGGCACGAACAACUCCGGCGUCUUCAACCGCAGCAUCACCAAUGAUGGUCAUUAGUAGUAGUGGGUGCUGUCCUGGACUUAAUAACCAACCACCUUAUUUUUCGACCAGUGACCUGAAGAUGUCAACUAUGUCAGGGAUGGUUCCCCAUUAUGACCCUCUUCAAAGUGGAGCAAAUGGAACUGUGAUAAGGGUGCCAGCACAUAGACCGGCACCUUUAUCUUACCAUACGACUGUCUCCUUUCCUUGGGUCGGGUCCCAAGGUAUAGUCAAAGAUAGAAUUCCAGUGCCUUUUCCUUUGGCAGCAGGCCUACCUCCGGUUCCUCCUAGACGCAUUGGUCAUCCUUACCAGAAUCGAACGCCACCAAAAAGGAAAAAACCGAGAACAAGUUUCACGAGGAUGCAGAUCUGUGAGCUGGAAAAACGAUUCCAUAAACAGAAGUACUUAGCUUCAGCAGAACGUGCCUCCUUAGCUAAAACUCUUAAAAUGACAGACGCUCAAGUUAAAACAUGGUUUCAGAACCGAAGGACAAAAUGGAGGCGGCAAACAGCAGAGGAGAGAGAAGCUGAACGACAAGCUGCCAAUAGACUGAUGAUGUCUCUACAAGCUGAAGUAGUUUCUAAGUCCAUAUAUGAUCAAAGCAGGGAUCCACUCUGUAUAAGUAACGCUUCCUUGCACGCGCUUCAAACUUUGCAACCAUGGGCUAGUGAGAAUGCUGCAGCUGCCCAUGCAGCGGCAGCAGCAGCUGCAGCUGUUGGACAUCACCAAAGUGGUGUAGAAAGGCCAUCUUUCUUAGCACCUCCACACUCUUUAUCUUCACCAAUUUGUUGAGCUUUCAAAUAAAUGCAAUAAAAACAACAUUUCACGUGUUGACUAAUGAAAUCUAAAGUCAUUAAGUCUAAUCUAGAGUCGCCGUUGAUCAGAUCUUUGUUACAAAGAAGCAAAAUGGACAAUUUGUUUAAAAAAAAAAGAAGAAAAAGAAGACUUGAAGAGUGAUAGCUUAUAGUGGGACUUUUAGCCACCUUACUUCUGAUAAAAUUAUAACCUGAAUUUUAUAAGACAUUCUUGCGAUAAAAAUUGUUGCAAUAAAUGGUUAUAAUUAAAAGAGAGAUUCGAAUUACUAUGUAAUAUAAAAUAUAUGUUGUUCAUUGUCAAAUUGUUUUUUUUUCUUUUAAAAAACACUGUAUUUAUUGAAGUUUUGUUCGUUUACUGGCAAUAGAAUAUCAUGGUAAUCUAAUUAAAAGUUGGUUUUAUUUAAGAAUUAAAUUUGUGAAAAAAUAUAAUUCAUUUGGUUUGCAGAUAUUUGAAAAUUAAUACAAAUAUUAUUAUCGUGAAUUACUUUUGUAAAAAAAAAAUAUACAUAUAUUUUUAUAAAGCUGCUAUAUCCCAUAUUUUCCUUAUAGUACAAACUAUAUAAUUUUCUUACUAAGAAUAGUAAGAUUUUAAAUUAAAUAACUUUUUACUUUAGAAAACAACAGGAAAUAAAGUAUUUUAAUUUGAAUAUUUUGUGUCGAUUUUUCCUGUAACAGUAUUAGAUAGGAUUAACUUUGUUGAGAAACUGAGCUGAUUCUUUAAAAUUAUUUAUAAUAAACGAUUAAAUUUGUUUUAUUUUUUAAAGAUACCAUCUAGAUUAAUGAAAAUGAAAAAAAUUAACCAAGCUACUUUGUUUUCCUAUUGUUGGAAGAAAAUAAAGCGUUUUCAGUUAUCAUAUUAUUAUUGUAACAAUAUCUCUGAUAACAGUAUUGUAAAUCAAUCUUUUUUUUACAUUUAUUGGCAUUUUUUUAAAGUCUAUAACUAAUAAACAAAUGAAAAUGUCAACAUGUUUAGCCAAAUCGAUUAAAAAAUAUAAUACUAACUAUAUAAUUAUUUUUAUUUUAGUCAUCUAAAAUAUUAAAAAAGCAUUUUGUAAUAUAACCCAUAACACUUUCGAUAAAUUAAAUAAAUAAUAAUUAAUUUUAACUACAAGUAGAAAUGUGAAUAAAAAAACAAAUAAAAUCAUUUCAUGUGUAAGAAGAGCAAUAAUGUACUUAAUAUUUUUAGCGCAUGUACAGUUUUGCACCGUAAACUAACAUAAUAAAAUAGUCUAAUUAUUUUACUUUAUGAUAAACAUGUUUUAACUAAUUGUUUAACAAAGUAAUUAUAUAGUUUAGAGCUUAUAUAGUGUUUAUUUAUUGCACUUUUUUCUUUUGAAAACCUGAUCAUUUUUCUUUGUAUUUUGUGAGAUGAAGUAAGCUCAUAUUAUACUGUUUUAGUUAACUUUAUCAAAUAGUAUUCAUUUUCAAAAUUUGAAAAAAAAAAUGCCUCAUGUUUACAACUCUGUAAUUACAUUCCCAUAAUAUAUUUAAAUUGCAAUAAAUUUUAUGAAAAACUUUA